UCCUGGGGUGGAGAGAAACGCAGCGUGAUGGCUGCGGGAGGAGCGCGUGAGGACACAGUGGAGCAGUACCGGUCCGAGGUGGAGCGGCUGACACACGAGCUGGCUGAGGCGAACCGGGAGAAGGUCCGAGCGGCUGAGUGCGGACUGGUGGUGCUGGAGGAGAACCAAACCCUCAAGCAGCAGUAUGCAGAACUGGAAGCAGAGCAGGAGACAAUGAGGCAGGAGCUGGAGCAGCUACACGAGGCCUUUAGCCAGGCAUAUACGACCCAGAGGAAGGUAGCAGAGGACAGUGAGACCAAUGAGGAAGCACUCCUACAAGAGUCUGCCACCAAAGAGGCGUAUUACAUAAGCCGUUUGCUGAAUCAGCAGACCGAACUGAAGCACAGCCGCUCUCAGGCCUCCAACACACAGGCGGAGAAUGAAAGACUCAGCACCAUCCUGCAGGAACUUAGAGAGAACAAUGAGAUGCUGGAGUUACAAAGGAGCAGGAUGAGAGAAGAAGCGAGAGAGUAUAAGUUCAGAGAGACGCGGCUGCUGCAGGACUAUACCGAACUCGAGGAGGAGAACAUCAGUCUGCAGAAACUGGUGUCCACUCUCAAACAGAACCAGGUGGAGUACGAAGGCCUUAAACAUGAGAUCAAGGUUUUGGAGGAGGAGACAGUGUUGCUGAACAGCCAGUUAGAAGACGCGCUGCGUCUGAAGGAUAUCUCCGAGAGCCAGCUGGAGGAGGCGCUGAAUGCUUUGAAGAGUGAACGUGAGCAGAAGAACAGCCUCCGUAAGGAACUAGCCCAGCACCUCACCCUGUGCGACGGACCUUUCUCUUCAGCCACUGCCCACCUGCUCGCCCUCGGCUCGGCGCCCCCUAGCGGCAGUGCCACCCCGACUGCUGCCACCUCCCCAGGCAGCGAGGAUGGUGGGAAAUGCAACGGACUUCUUCUACAGGGUUCAGCUGGAAAAGCACUGGGAAGACUAACCCUGGAAUUAAGAGGAACGGGUCAGAGGAAACAUAGCGACUCCACGACCCCUGACCUCUUCAGUGAGCUCCACCUCAACGAGAUUCAGAAACUUAAACAACAACUGCAGCAGGUAGAGCAGGAGAAGACAUCUGCACUGAAUAGUCUACAGGAGUGUGAAACACAGCUACGACACACACAGUGUGCCCUGACUGAACAGUAUGAGAGGGCACGGCACCUCCACCAGCGAGUCUGUAUACCACACCAGCAGGGAAGCGCCAUCGAGACUGGUGAUGAGGACAAGACCAUGACAGAGACCAAGAGCACCUCAUGGGCAUCUGAAGACCUGCAGCGCCUGGGCUUCGAGCUGUUGCAGUGUAAGUACAAACUAGCAGUGACGGAGGUGGUGAGGCUCAAUGGUGAUCUGAAGGACCUUCAGGAGAGGCAUAGAGAGUGUGUGGAGCAGGCGGGACGGGCAGAGGAACAGACCCAGGUCCAGCUACAGACUCUUAAAGCACAGGUCACUUGCCUGGAAUGCAGGUGCCGUGAGGGGAGGGAGAAGGAAGCAGCACUUCAGCGAGAGCUAAAGAAAGGUAAUGCUUCUUCCCUGGAGUACCACAACACCCUGGCUGCAGCCCAGGAUGAGCUGGCCUCCUUCAGUGAGGAACUGGCUCAGCUUUACCAUCAUGUCUGCAUGUGCAACAACGAAACACCUAAUCGGGUAAUGCUGGAUUAUUACCGCCAAGGUCGGACCCCCCCACGUGCUACAUCUGGAGGUCUUAAGGCACAGGAAGACCAUCGGGUCCUCCUGACGCCAAGGCUGGCACGCCGCUUGGCGGCUAUCAAUGCUGCCACGUCUUCCACCUCGACCCCGAGUGACUCACAAAGCCCCACAGACUCGCCCUCCAAAGAUCCCCUCAACUCAGAGGACAGCCCAGUGCACGCAGCUGUCAGUGCCUCUUCGUCAUCAUCGUCCUCAUCCCCGGCACCCGAUUCGCCUGCAAGCUCAGACAUCCGGCGGGAGCCCAUCAACCUCCAACACCUGAACGCCAUUAUCCGAGACCAGAUCAAGCAUCUGCAGAAGGCUGUGGACCACUCACUACAGCUAUCUCGGCAAAGAGCAGCAGUCCGCGAGCUCGCACCGCUGUUUGAUAAGGAAAAGGAGGCUUGUAUGGAAGAAAUACUUAAGCUUAAAUCCCUCCUGAGCACCAAGAGAGAGCAGAUUGCCACGUUGCGCCUGGUGCUUAAAGCCAACAAGCAGACUGCAGAAAUGGCUCUGGCGAACCUGAAAAGCAAGUACGAGACCGAGAAGCGGAUGGUGACUGAGACCAUGAUGAAGCUGCGUAACGAGCUGAAGGCACUAAGAGAGGACGCUGCCACAUUUUCCUCACUGAGGGCCAUGUUUGCUACACGGUGCGAUGAGUAUUUAAAUCAGCUGGACGAGAUGCAGAGGCAGCUUGCGGCAGCAGAGGAUGAGAAGAAGACGCUGAACUCACUCCUCCGCAUGGCUAUUCAGCAAAAACUGGCACUUACGCAGCGUCUGGAAGACUUGGAGUUCGACCACGAGCAGUCACGGCGCCCCCGCAUGGGCAAGACGGCCAAACUGAGGACCACACCUCCCAAAGUAAGUGGAACAGCCACCUUGCCCCUUAAUGACACCUCAGCCGCAGUAGCCGAAGCGGUUGCAGAAACCUCAGCUGUCUCGUCCCCUAGCCUAGACACUCCUUUACUCUCUUCUGACCCAGGUAGUCCUCCCUCUCUGGAAGCCCCUUCCUCUCCUGCCGCAUCUUUUUCCUCCUCCUGGACCCCCCCGACUACACCCUACAGCCGGGGCCACACCCACUGGACGGUGGGGAUGCGGACAUACACGGUGGAGCCGCAUUCCUACGGUGUGGACCUUCACGCCACCAGUAUGUCCCGAACCACCAGCUUGGCCCGUCGCUAUGCAAUCGAGUCGCUCUAUUCGGCGGGUUCACGCCCCGCCUCACCGUAUCGCUCACCCAUACUAGGCACGUACCGCUCCACCUGGAGCUCGCCCAGAUCUCGUCCACUCUCCACAAUCCUAACGCACUCCACCCACACAUCCAGAUACACCUCCCCAUCUUCGUCCUCGUAUGGCUCGCCACACCAUCGAAGCUACCCUUCUCAGCACCCCCGCUAAUGAAGGCUCAGUGGGGUGGCACAGAGAGGAGGACAGACUGGUUUCCUGUGGUUUUAUAGUUUCCUUUGCGACUGUUUUUCUGCUCAGGGAUUCUGUGGAGCACAAACGGCCCUGCCUUCCUCCAAGAGACAGCUAAUCAGCUCUCAGAAUGCUGUGUCUGACCUCUCACUCUGUUCAUUCUGUCGUCAACUCGCUGGGCCUUUUCAGUGCAAGCCUCCCGAACCAUAGAGAUUACGUUUAUUUGAGUGUUAACUGGACGUGGAGGCGGCGGUAUCAGACUUAGGCGUUUCUGUUCUGUUUAAAUGUGAACACGUAAUUAUGACAAACCAUUCGAUUGACAUUAAAGUGUCUUUAAGUCAUUACUGAAGACGGAAAUAUGCACUGAAUAAUCCACCACUGUGUAACAGCUGUAUGACUUUUUUUUUUUAUUUAAAGAAUGACAAGGGAUUAAAUAAGAAGGUUUUUUAUUUAAUGAUUGUAUGAAUUAAGGCCUUUUUUUCUGCUUAAGCGAAUGCAGGUUUAGUUUUAGUGUUGCUUUGUGUUUUAUACUGUCAUUAACGCCAGCUCGCCUUCUCUGCUAAUGAGAUUUCAGACAUACAGAUUUUUUUGUGUUUUUUCUUUGUGAUCAUGUACAGUCUCUGGUCUGUUCAGUAUCACAUGACAUGUAGCGUGUCCAUUUUCAUCUAAAGAAAUGACGAACAUGCCAACACUUCCCACUGUUAGAGUCCUGGUUGCACAUUGCCUCAGUUUGCUCUAAUUUGUUUUUUUUAGCAUUUCAUGAAAACAAAACAACACCACUGUGGCUACACGGUGUAAAUAUGGACAUUUGACGAUAUGAAACAUUUGAAUGAAACAAAGCAAUGACUUCAUUGAAUGUACGCUUAAUAAAGUGAUAUCAUGUCUAAUAUGUACAAACAAAACUCAGGGAAUCGCAUUGUUGCUCCUGUAAUGGAGGCGUAAAGCAGUAUGAGUGGCAUACAUCAUUUACAACUUAAGCGGUGUCCUAUUUUUUAUUAAUUGAUUAAUUAAUUUUUGAGUUUAUUUAUAGUGUCUUAUAAAUUUCCUUUGAUUUUAAUCGUAGUGUUUUGCUGUUCAUGUAAUUCUUGGGUUUUAAUUUCAUUUCAUUUAAGUAUGAUGGACAGUAAUUUUUCUCCAGAUUGUAUUGCCAUUCAGACUGUUCUCUAAACCAUUACAUCAUCUCCGGCCUUAUCCCCAGUCACCCACACAGUGAUGAUCCCAGCACAGACACUGAAUGCAUACGAAGGCGCCGGUCUUCAUUUAGUCUGUGUCUUUGAGCCGUGUCCCGCUGUCUGAGCUGGACUUACAGGGAGACUGAAGCACUUGACAAGUUCCCGAGCUCCACCUCGUCCAGUUUAACACACUUCUCACUCGUUAGACUUGUGUUAGGUUGUACUGGUGUUCUCGUGCGGCCAGCAACACACAUCACAGGUGAUCAUCGGCCCCUGUAGUAUUUAAACACUGUAAAUAAUCCAAACAUUAGUGUUUCUGUUAUUCACGACGAGAUAAACACAUUGUUGUAUGAUGCUCUGGCCUUGUAACGUUGUACAGUUGGUCAGACAUGGAGGAACGGCGGCCUUGUGAUGGUGUGUGUCAGGAGCGAAACCUCUCAGAGAAACCUCUCAGACCUCCUCUGUGUGGCAACCAUUCUU